UAUGAAUUACGAAUUUCAUUAUCGAUAUUUGCUCCCUUAGAAAAGAUUAACCGCGAAAAGUUUGAAUUAAAAGUUUCAUACACCGUCGGUAAGGAAGAUUUUUCUUGGAAACACGAUGGGCGUUAUCGAUCGGUAAAAAAGAAAAUUCAAAAUUGCAAAGCUUUAGAAAUAUCGCAUCGAACGACAUUAAGCUAAUAGUGCAAUUUUACUAGGAGAAAAUUGUGAAAGUGAACCGCAGGUCUUGGUGGAUCGCAUUGCGGAACACUCGUGUUAGAGGGGGCACGGCUCGCUGUCGUGCACGAUAUAUACAAUAUAUAUAUAUAUAUAUAUAUAUAUUUAUAUAUGUAUGUCAGCACGGUAGUGUGUUCGCGGACCGUGUAUGCAGAAGCGUUUAAAUAUUAAUCACAUUACGGAUGUUUUUGCCCGUGUGACGCGCGCGUAAUAGAAGGAAUGAUUAUCAAAAUGCCACCAAUGUACAGACAUAACGAGAAUGGAAGUCCGUGCUAAAUACGGAUCUCACAACUUGCAAAUAAGCAGCGCCGAUGGACGCGGCCAUGUUUUCUGGUAGCAGAAAUCUUACCCAUUAAUAAUUCGUUAAUCGUCGAACCACGAAGUGGAGUGUGCAGAAUGCCGAAAUGCGAUGUGAAGACAAGGUAUCUACCAGCCACAUUUGCCUGGACAGUCCUACUCAGCACCACGACACUCUUCUUCUGUUUUCCAUGUCAAUAUUAUGUGUUUCGAUGGGGAACAUGGGUACCUGCGCUACAAGGAGUCAUCACCUUUUUUGUUCUGGCAAAUUUCACAUUAGCAACAUUUAUGGAUCCAGGAGUUAUUCCGAAAGCACCUCCUGACGAAGACCGAGAGGAUGACUUCCAUGCUCCGUUAUAUAAAAGUGUAGAAAUCAAUGGAAUUACAGUUCGUAUGAAAUGGUGUGUCACAUGCAAGUUUUAUAGACCUCCACGUUGUUCACAUUGUAGUGUUUGCAAUCAUUGUAUCGAGACAUUCGAUCAUCACUGCCCGUGGGUGAAUAACUGCAUCGGUAGGAGGAAUUAUAGGUUCUUUUUUUUCUUUCUCUUGUCUCUCAGUUUUCACAUGCUCAGUAUAUUUGGGCUUUGCCUGUAUUUUGUAUUGGAGCGUAAACAACAGUUGGGCGAAGUGGAUACAAUUGUCGCACUUGUACUCAUGGGAGUGGUUAUACUUUUGUUCAUUCCAAUAUUUGGACUGACCGGCUUUCAUGUAGUACUUGUUUCUAGAGGACGUACGACAAAUGAACAGGUAACGGGUAAAUUUAACGGAGGCUACAAUCCUUUUUCUCAUGGUUGCUUACACAAUUGCUGUUAUACGCAAUUUGGACCACAAUACCCCAGUUUAAUUAAGCCUGAAAAGUAUUCAGGAAAACGACGCGGAGUUUCUACAUCUGAGAUAUCGACUAUAGGCAGUGAGAACCAGGUAAAAACCUACAUGGAUAGCAGCAAUGGUGUUAGAAAUGCCAGUUCAAAUGCUUACAAUAAGUUGUCACCUGGACGAGAUGGUUCGGACACGGAUAUGGAACCCACUGCAUCUCAGUCCGCGGAUUGCGAGCCUACACCUCCGUUACAAAGACACGGUUCUAAAAGCAAUUUUUUCCUGCCACCUGUGGAGAACAACGAGUCUCCCAGGCAUCCACCGCCGUCGCAACAUCGCCAUCCAAUGCAUUACACUAGAGGCAGCCCUCACACAAGGCCAAGGUACGUUGUCAAUACCUAUAGGGGAAUGAACGGCUCUCGAAGCCAUACGCCUGAUCCAUUAUCGCCAGAAGCAAGCGGAUCACCCGCCGCAGCUUCCCAAAGAGGUCAAGGACAAGGGGGUGCUAGUCCAACGACACAACGGAUUAAAGCUAUCGGAGUACCUACUCCACUCGCCAUUUCCAGUCCUAUUCGCAGAUCGAACCCAGGUACGCCGACGCAGGUUCGUCGGCCAGAUUUUAUAGGAGUAAACGAAGCACCAACGUAUUAUGAUGUACAGCAAGGGAAUAAUACCGGUGUUGGUAGCGGUGCCGUUGUAGCUGGUUACAGUCCACAGCGCCGUUUCUUGUCGGAAAGUGAGCUCGUUCGUCAAGGUACCGAACAUUCGUACUCGAGAACUAACAAUACCGUUGACAACAUUCGAGAGUUAGCGGGUUCGCCUCAACGUGGUGUCUACAUGUGGAAAGAUAAUUCACCUGGCAGCUAUCCAGCUCCAGCUGGUGCGACGGGAAACGCGACAACGCAUCAGUCGCCAUCGCAAAGACCACCGCCGCCGUCGUCGUCGUCGUCGUCGUCGUACGAUUAUUAUCGUUCGAAUCCAACGAGUCCUACGCAACAAUUGUACGCCAAUGCUCCCAGAGCAGCCUAUCAUCCUGCAAUGAGAGGUGGAGUACCGGUCUUCCCACCGCAUCAACAAUCGCCGCAAGUGAAACGAAAAGCAACGAUGGCGACGCCGACCACACCUACGUCGGGCGAUACGCGUCGCAGACCAAUGUCGUUUGUUAGAGCCUUAGAAAUGACGGAUUCCAUGGAAAUGGUGUCAGCGCCUAACGAUAACAGAUCACAACGGCCCACAACGCCGACACCGGAUCGUGCUAGUGUCUACGAUACGAUGAACUAUGAAAUAUCUGUAUAGCCCACCUUUACGGUCUCCGCCCCAACCUGCGGCUGGACGGAGAUUGUACAAGAAUUGCCGGCAACGUUACGCGUCUCCUGUUCGAAUGAGGAAAGAACGUACGCCGCUUACGAGAUAUCCGUCUGAAUCAUCGUGUCGAAGCAGCUAAACAUUCUAUGUCAAAUGAUAUUAAUCCCGGUCGAGAUAUCAUAAGUUCUUCCGGUCCAAAUAUUCAUCCAUUAUCGAUACACUUUAUUGAAAUAUUGUGAAAAGAAGCCGAUUAUUUUCCUGAACGAACGAACGAACGAACGAUGAACUUGAUACGAUGGUAUCAUUCGCGUUUCUGUUGUCUGUGGAAUGACAACUGAUAAACGAGGAGAGUCUUUGUGAAAAAAUGAAGAUAUCGUCGGUGUUCAAUUAUUUUUCAUCAGAAACUGGCUAAUAUAGAAAAAAAAGUGUUAUUAGGUCUUAUUUCGCGUUGAACGGACGACAAUGUAUAAGAUUAAUAUAAACGUUUCGUUUCAACGCGGAGUUUACCGUCAACGUGUAAGACUGUUGUGUCAUGUUACUAGCAAUAUUUUUCAUUUGUCCGUUGAUUAACGAAUGGAACAUUUCGAUUCUACAUGUAGAGACGAGAACGAAACGUGUUCGUUUAUCCGAGGGAAAAAAGAAGAAGCGUUCGGACCGAUUGACGAUUUAAGUAAUCGAGUCACGAAAUGCGUCAACGAAAGUAAUUCCGAACGCUUAGGGGUAAUUCGCUAAGCGAUAUACUCUUGCUAACGAUCGAGCUUGUCUCGCUUAGCAGCAAAUAAUUCUAUUUUUUAGUACACAGUAAGGUCAGUUUAGAUUUUUAUACCAUGAUGUCGUGACUCAAUUUCUAGAAACGCAGCAUCGGUUGAUUCCCGUUCCUUUCGUUUUCCUCUUCUUUGUCUCGAAUACACACGCGAUUCAAUUAGUAACAAAGAACAUAGGGAUUAUUAUUGCGAGCAUCAUUUUUUUUUUUUUAUCAGACUCGAUUUUGAUCACAUCCAUACUCUUCGUUUCUGGUUUUUAACGACAUACACGAGAAAAGAACGGGAUCAAAAUCGAGUCUUCCAGUGUAGUCUCCUAUUCUUCUAUUGAUGCGAGAACAAUUCGUGUCUGUUUAACAAAGGGUUACUUAAUCGACUUAAGUCAUUAUCAGGAUAGAAUAACAAAUUCUGUGUAAAAUAAUCGUGAAAUGUGUAGUAAAUUUUUAAUAUACAUAUUUAACAAUAUUUAUACGUAAAUAAUAAGACUUUACAAUGAUUUCAUUUGUUUGUUAUAAAUGAUAAUUUUAUCGAUGUGACCACUAAUACGAUCAAUUGGAUUUUUACGAGUAAAAAGAGAAUAGUUUAAAAAAGAAGUAAAUAUACGAAAGAGAACAUUGUGUGAAUGCGGGAAAAAAAGUAUGUAGUACGAAUGAAUGUAUACCAAGAGAACAUUAGAGCAUUACAUGAAAAAAAUGAAAAAAGAAGAAUAAGAAUGAAAGACCAGCGUGUUUCAAAUGUUUACAGCGAUGAAUGAUCUACUCGACGAAAAAAAAGAAGAAAAUACACAAAAGAUAAACAAUGGACUUUGUUAAAAAUAAAAAAAAAAGAAAAAAGGGGAAUACAAUUUUGUAAUAUAUUAUAUAUUGCAUAAAUUUAUUGGUAUAUCUACUGCUACUACUAAGUUUGUAAUAUACCCCGCUUUUAAAAAUUGCAUGCCGGUUUCUGUAUUAUGUAUUUGAAUGCGAGACCAAUAUUACUAUUUAUGCAGGCUUAAAUGAAUAACUGCGAACCGUGUAUGCGUAAGGUAAUCGCGAAAUACGGUGUGUCCGUUUACCUUACGACGAAUUGAUAAUCGAAUUAUUAUUGUUAAAUAGCACAUAUCGUUCAGCUAAAGGGCUUACCGAACAUCGAAUAUUUCCAGGCUAAAGGGACAUUUUCUUGGCGACUAAUCCUAUAUUUGGUAAAAAAAGAAAGAGAAACAGAUAUACUGCUAUUAUUAGACAUAUAUUUCUUCCAACGUUGGCGCUACAGAUAAAAUACGCGUUACUCAUUCCUUCUCUAUGUUGAGUUACAUAUAUUUUUCUUUUACUUUUACAAUGAGCUGUGCCAAAUCAAGGAAACAUACGAUUUUCCAUAUUCCACAUCAAUUAUGUAGUUUUUACACUCAGAGAGCACUUACAAGCAAAACAAAGUAACAAGAAGCAAAGAAAAAAAAAAGAAAAAAAACUGGUACAACAAUUAAAACGAAUUGGUUUAGAGAAUUAUGUGUAAGGUGUGACGAAUGUUUAGUGUUUAUAAUUCGGUGUACUUGUACAUAAAUAUCGCUCGUUAUUAUCACUUAAAUGUACAUACAUAUACAUUUCGGUACUUACGUAUCGCUGCAGCAAUCUACAAAAA